AUGCCUUUGUCAAUAUGCCAAAAGCUAGAAGUCGGAGAACUAAAACCCACAACAAUUUCAUUGCAACUGGCUGACCGGUUCGUUAAAUAUCCUAUGGGAAUACUUGAGAACAUUCCUAUCAAGGUGGGCAAAUUCUUUAUUCCAGUUGAUUUUGUUAUCCUUCAGAUGGAAAAGGAUGUUCAAAUCCCCAUCAUUUUGGGAAGACCUUUCUUGGCAACCGCCGGAGCAAUCAUAGACGUAAAAAACGGAGUUGACAUAGUUGACAAGCAAGUUGAGGAAGAAUUUCAUAAGACCCAUCCUGAAGAUCCCCUUGAAGCAUGCAUUGUGUACAGCCACACAGCGAAUGAUAAGAACACAGAAAUAGCUGCCUGUGCACAAUAUUUAGCAACUCAUCCACUCCUACCCUUGGCUCAAGCUUUCAAGGUAGAGGAGCUGAAGGAGGAACAAACCAAAAGCAAUCAGGAGAAAAAUUCUGAACAGGAUAAAAGAAGCCUUGAUCUCAACACCCAUUAUGCAACCACCUGA